AUAGUUGUAUCAUCUCUAACUCUGUUGUAGACAGGACCUUGCUGGUUUUGUUCAUUAUUUUCCUACUAUACUCCUUCCAAGGCAGACUGACCACUGUGGACUGCAUCACCAAUUCCCCACUUUCAUGGUUGGCUUCCAAUUGGGUCUGACCAAUCCAACAGGAAAAAGCAACAAUAGAUGUGAAGGUAGAAGAGGAAAGAGGUCAGAGGAUCUCUUCCCUCCUGCCCUCGUUUUAGUUCCAGAUCUCAAGCAGUAGAUGUAGCCUUCCAGGCCUAUGACGUUUGCCCUCCUUCAGUUACAUGCAUCUGCUCCUGGCCCCUCUAGCACUAUUGACCCCAGGAAUGUCCUACUCUUACGUUGUCCUUCUCACUUCAGCAAAUCAUCAGAAUUACCAUUUAAGGUGUUUGUUCCUAGUUUAUGGCUCUACUGGCUUCUGUUUCAGGUAAGCUGGUCUUGGCUGCAAUUCUCUGUAUUCACUUGCAUAAAAAGAAAAGAAAAGGAAUGGAAAUGAAAGGAAAUGAAAGAAAAGUCUCUGCCCCCAGUUCCUUCUAAUAUUUGGUCUUGGACCCCAGUUCCUAACACAGAGCUCCUAAGCCCUGAGGGGGGGGGUCCCUUGGAUGAUAGAAGUAUCUUUUGUUUUAAUGAGCAGACUCUGGUGGGCUCCAGGAUCAGCACUGGUCACCAGAAAGACCAAGCCAUUAUUAGAAGCUUAGUACUUUCAGCCCCAUCCCUAUUCUCCAGAGGUGGGAGAAACACUGGAAAUUGAGUUGAUAGCCAAUCAUGCCUAUCUGAUGAAGCCUCCAUAAAAAUUCCAAAAAUACUGCGUUCAGAGAGCGUCCAAGUUGUUGAACAUCUAUAUGCUAGGAAGAAGGUGGGUGCAUCCCAGUUCCAGGGUGACUGAGGCUGCUGUGCUUGGAACCCUUCCAGACCUUAUCCCAUGUAUCUUCAUCUGGCUAGUCACCUGGAUCCUUUAUCAUAUUGUUUAUUAUAUAAUAAACCAGUCAACAUAAGUACGUGUUCCCCUGAGGUCUGUAAGCUGUCCUAGCAAACUGUCAAACCCAAGGAUGGGGGGUCAUGGGAACCCCAUUUAUAGCUGGAAAGUCAGAAGUAGAGACGACAUGGGACUUGUGAUUGGCAGCUGAAGCAGAGCCAAUCUUGGAAGACAGGGCUAUUAACAGGUGGGAUCUGAUGCUAACUCCAGACAGAUAGUGUCAGGUAAAUCAAAUUGUAGGACACCCAGCUGAUGUUGGAGAAUUGGGCAGUAUGAGGGGGAGAAAACACCACCGCCACACAUUUGGUGUCCAGAAGUGAAGUAUGAGAGCAAAGGAAAACACAAAGGAAAAAACAGUUUUUCCUAGACAUUUGGUGUCAGUGAAGUGGAAUUUGCUAGAACUGCUCUGGGUCAUGGAAACACGUGGUUUGGGAUCAGAAAGAAUGGAGGGCAGGGAUGAGGAACCCUUGGUCUCUGGAUGGCUACCUAGUCACUCAGAGCAUAAAACUGCUGCUGCUCUUUGAUCAGUUACUAAGAGUACAAGUUACCAAUGAAUUAGAGAUGAGAGUAGACCCAACAAUAUGCAAGGAAACGUAAAAUAAUAAGCAUGUUCACGAUACAAUCUCUUGGCUAUUAUUAUCUGUAAUAGCUAAAAUAAGAGUUCUGAGUUGGACCUUGAUGUUGGAACAAUUUCAAAUCUGGGUCAGUCUGAGUUUUGGCCACUAGCCUCAAAGCUGCUCAGAAAGGGAAAAAUUAUGCCAGGAAGGUACCUCACCAAAGAGGUAGUCAUUGUGGUGGAUGGAGGGCAAAACCAAAAAACUACUAAAACCAGGGGGUAUAAAGUGAAGGAGAUGUCUCAUUUUGUGGAUCAAAUUAUCAGCUUCCUGAGGAAUCUCUACCAAAAUGGACUACGAGAGUAACUAAUUUGGGGUCUGUCUUUGGUUUUGAAUGUUUCAGAGUGGAAGAGCAUGUCUGGGUUGAUACAGGAUCUGGAACCCACCAUUGAACAAUCACAGAUGGUUAUAUGUGAUCCAGACACACAGAAGAUUAUUCCUGAGGGAUUCCUGGUGAACUGGACAAAAGCCACCAUAAGAUAUGCUUACCUGAGAUGGAAGACUGCCCAACUCCCCCUAUAACUGCCAAGUGGAACACUUCAGAUGAAGCAGCUGACAUGCUUUGCAGGUCAGAAUGAGCAAGAGGCACAUAAAUGUGGGUCAGCAAACAUGGGCUCUCCUCUGCAAGAACUUUCUGAAGAAAUGGAGGAUGAAGAGAGAGACCUUCUUGGAAUGGUUUUUCUCAUUUCUUCUAGUAUUGUUUGCAUACCGACUUUCCUCCAAUUUGCAUCAAGUUAAUGACUUUCCUCAAUUGCCUGCAAUGAAUCUGGGACGUGUGGAUAAUUUUAAUGAUUCUAAUUAUGUGAUUGCAUUUGCACCUGAAUCCAAAACAACCCAGGAGAUCAUGAACAAAGCGGCUUCAGCCCCAUUCAUGAAAGGAAGAAAAAUCAUGGGGUGGCCAGAUGAGAAAAGUAUGGACUAUUUGGAUUUAAACUACUCUAUAGAUGCAGUGAAAGUCAUCUUUAAUGAUACCUUCUCAUAUCAUUUGAAGUUUUUCUGGGGAGGGAGAAUCCCCAAGAUGAAGGAACAUAGAGACCAUUCAGCUCAUUGUCAAGUGAUGGAUGAAAAAAUCACAUGUGAAGGUUCAGUGUUCUGGGAGAAAGGCUUUGUGGCUUUUCAAGCUGCCAUUAAUGCUGCUAUCAUAGAAAUCACAACAAAUCACUCAGUGAUGGAAGAGCUGAUGUCAAUUACUGGUAUAAAUAUGAAGAUAUUACCUUUUGUUGCCCAAGCUGGAGUUGCGACUGACUUCUUCAUAUUCUUCUGCAUUAUUUCUUUUUCUGCUUUCAUUUACUAUGUAUCAGUCAAUGUUACACAAGAAAGACAAUACAUUAAGUCAUUGAUGAUGAUGAUGGGCCUUCGAGAGUCAGCAUUCUGGCUUUCCUGGGGUUUGAUGUAUGCUGGCUUCAUCUUUAUUGUGGCUACUUUGAUGGCUCUUAUUGUAAAAUCCGCCCAAGUUGUCGUCCUAACUGGCUUCGUGGUGGUCUUCACCCUCUUUCUCCUCUAUGGCCUGUCUUUGAUAACUUUAGCUUUCCUGAUGAGCGUGUUGAUAAAGAAACCCUUCCUUACUGGGUUAGUUGUCUUUCUCCUUACUGUCUUUUGGGGGAGUCUGGGAUUCACUGCAUUGUACAGACAUCUUCCUGCAUUUUUGGAAUGGACCUUAUGUCUUCUUAGCCCUUUUGCUUUUACUGCUGGAAUGGCCCAGCUUAUACAUUUGGACUUUGAUGUGAAUUCUAACAUCCAUUUGGAUCCUUCAGACAACCCAUACCUAAUAAUAGCUACUCUUUUCAUGUUGGUUUUUGAUGCUCUUCUGUAUUUGGCUUUGACAUUAUAUUUUGACAACAUUUUCCGCACUGAAUAUGGACAUCGACGUUCUCCUUGGUUUUUCAUGAAAUCCUCUUUUUGGUUUCAACACCAAAGAGCUGAUCAUGUGGCCCUUGAGAAUGAAACAGAUUCAGAUUCUUCACCCAAUGACUCUUUUGAACCUGUGUCUCCAGAAUUCCAUGGGAAAGAAGCCAUCAGGAUAAGAAAUCUAAAGAAAGAAUACAGAAAAGGAAAUCAUGAAAAAGUGGAAGCCUUGAAAGGUCUGGUAUUUGACAUAUAUGAAGGCCAGAUCACUGCCCUCCUUGGUCACAGUGGAGCUGGGAAAACGACCCUGUUAAACAUCCUCAGUGGAUUGUCCGUCCCAACAUCAGGUUCGGUCACCAUCUAUAAUCACACCCUUUCGGAAAUGGCUGACUUCGAAACCAUCAGCAGGCUCACUGGAGUCUGUCCACAAUCCAACGUACAAUUUGGCUUCCUCACUGUGAAAGAAAAUCUCAGGCUCUUCGCUAAAAUAAAAGGGAUUCAGCCACAUGAAGUGGAACGAGAGGUACAACAAGUAUUAAGGGACUUGGAGAUGGAAAAUAUUCAAGACAUUCUUGCUCAAAAUUUAAGCGGUGGACAAAAAAGGAAACUAACUUUUGGGAUUGCCAUUUUAGGAGACCCUCAGGUUUUGCUAUUGGACGAACCAACUGCUGGGUCAGACCCUCUUUCAAGGCAUCGAGUAUGGAACCUCCUAAAAGAGAGGAAAUCUGAUAGAGUCAUUCUCUUCAGUACCCAGUUCAUGGAUGAAGCUGACAUCCUGGCUGAUAGGAAGGUGUUCAUAUCCAAUGGGAGACUGAAGUGUGCAGGCUCUUCUCUAUUCCUGAAGAAGAAAUGGGGCAUCGGCUACCAUUUAAGUUUGCAUCUGAAUGAAAUGUGUGAUCCAGACAGUAUAACAUCACUUGUUAAACAGCACAUCCCUGAUGCCAAAUUAACAGCACAAAGUGAAGAAAAGCUUGUAUAUAUUUUGCCUUUGGAGAGGACAAACAAAUUUCCAGAUCUUUACAGGGAUCUUGAUAGAUGCUCUAACCAGGGCAUUGAGAAUUAUGGUGUUUCCAUGACAACUUUGAAUGAAGUGUUCUUGAAAUUAGAAGGAAAAUCAGCUAUUGAUGAAUCAGAUGCUGGAAUUUGGGGGGAGUUACAAAGUAAUAGGACAAAAGACACAGGAAGCCUUGUUGAGCUGGAACAAGUUUUGUCUUCCUUUAAGGAAAAAAGGAAAUCCAUCAGUGGUAUGGCUCUUUGGAGGCAGCAGCUCUGUGCAAUAGCAAAAGUUCGCUUCCUCAAGUUAAAGAAUGAAAAAAAAACUCUCUUGACCAUAUUAUUGCUUUUUGGCAUCAGCUUUUGCCCUCAGCUUUUGGAACAUCUAUUCUAUGAGUUAUAUCAGAAAAGUUAUUCUUGGGGACUGACUCCUAAUAUGUACUUCCUCUCACCAGGACAACCACCUCAAGCCCCUCUGACCCACUUGCUGGUCAUCAAUAAAACAGGGUCAAGCAUUGAUAACUUUAUACAUUCACUGAGGCAACAGAACAUUGCUUUGGAAGUGGAUGCCUUUGGAACUAGAAGUGGCCCAAACGAGCCAUCAUACAAUGGUGCUAUCACUGUGUCAGGUGAUGACAAGGAUCACAGAUUCUCAAUAGCAUGUAACACCAAAAGGCUGAAUUGCUUUCCUGUCCUCAUGGAUAUCAUCAGCAAUGGGCUACUUGGAAUUUUUAAUUCUUCAGAACACAUUCAGACUGACAGAAGCACAUAUUUCGAAGAGCACAUGUCUUACGAGCAUGGGUACCUGAGUAACGCCUUCUUCUGGAUACCUGUGGCAGCCUGUUUCGCUCCUUACAUUGCAAUGAGCAGCAUCGGCGACUAUAAAAGGAAAGCUCAUUCCCAGCUACGGAUUUCAGGCCUCUACCCUUCUGCUUACUGGUUUGGCCAGGCGCUGGUGGACAUUCCACUCUAUUUCUUGAUCCUCCUUGUGAUGCAAAUAAUGGAUUAUGUCUUUAGCCCAGAUGAGAUUAUAUUUAUAAUUCAGAACCUAUUAGUUCAGACCUUGUGUAGUAUUGGAUAUAUCUCGUCUCUGGUUUUCUUGACAUAUGUGAUUUCGUUCAUUUUUCGCAAUGGGAGAAAGAAUAGUGGUAUUUGGUCAUUUUUCUUCUUAAUGAUCACCAUCUUCUCGAUAGUUGCUACGGAUCUAAAUGAAUAUGGGUUUCUAGGGCUAUUUCUCUGCACCAUAUUAAUACCACCUUUCACACUGAUUGGUUCUCUAUUCAUUUUCUCCGAGAUUUCUCCUGACUCCACGGAUUAUUUAGGAACUUCAGAACAGCAAAUUGUGUUUCUGGCACUGCUAAUACCUUACCUUCAUUUUUGCAUUUUCGUUUUUGUUCUUCGGUGUCUGGAAGUGAACUUUAGGAAGAAAUCAAUGAGAAAAGAUCCCAUGUUCAGAAUUUCUCCAAGAAGCAGUGGCAUUUUUCCAAACCCAGAAGAACCUGAAGGAGAGGAUGAAGAUGUUCAGAUAGAAAGAAGGAGAACCACAAAUGCUGGGACUGUUGCAGAUUUUGAUGAGAAACCUGUCAUCAUUGCUAGCUGUCUACGGAAGGAAUAUGCGGGCAAAAAGAGAAAAUGUUUUGCUAAGAGGAAGAAAAAAGUGGCCAUAAGAAAUGUCUCUUUCUGUGUUAAAAAAGGUGAAGUUAUAGGGCUCUUAGGACACAAUGGAGCUGGUAAAAGUACAACUAUUAAGAUGAUAACUGGAGACACAAAUCCAACCGCAGGGCAGGUGAUUUUGAAAGGGAACAGUGAGGGGGACUCCCUCGGGUUCCUGGGAUACUGUCCUCAGGAGAACGUGCUCUGGCCCAACCUAUCAGUGAGGGAACAUCUGGAGGUAUUCGCCGCCAUCAAAGGGCUGAAGAAAGGGGACGCCACAGUCACCAUCACACAGCUGGCGGAUGCGCUCAAGCUGCAGGACCAGCUGAAGCUGCCCGUGAGAGCCUUAUCCGAGGGAAUAAAGAGGAAGCUGUGCUUCGCGCUGAGCAUCCUGGGAAACCCAUCGGUGGUGCUUCUGGACGAGCCGUCCACCGGCAUGGACCCCGAGGGGCAGCAGCAAAUGUGGCAGGCGAUCCGGGCCACCUUCAAAGACACAGAGAGGGGCGCCCUCCUGACCACCCACUACAUGGCGGAGGCUGAGGCUGUGUGUGACCGCGUGGCCAUCAUGGUGUCGGGAAGGCUGAGAUGUAUCGGUUCCAUCCAACACCUGAAAAGCAAAUUUGGCAAAGAUUAUCUGCUAGAGAUGAAGGUGAAGACCCCCACCCAGGUGGAGCCCCUCCACUGCGAAAUUCUGAGACUUUUCCCCCAGGCUGCUCGGCAGGAAAGGUACUCCUCCCUGAUGGUCUAUAAGUUGCCUGUUGAGGAUGUGCGCCCCUUAUCGCAAGCUUUCUUCAAAUUAGAGAUAGUUAAACAGAGCUUCGACCUGGAGGAGUACAGCCUCUCCCAGUCCACCCUGGAGCAGGUUUUCCUGGAGCUCUCCAAGGAGCAGGAGCUGGAUGACUUUGAUGAGGAACUUGACCCUUCAGUGAACUGGAAGCUCCUCCCACAGGAAGACCCUUGAAGCCCCAAAUGCCUUAUGUUUCUUUUUCGUCUUAUGCCUCUUUGUAAAGAUAAUAUGUUAUGUCAUUAGUGUAUCCUAUCUCAGAUAUGAUGCAAAAUGCUUCUGAAACUCAUAUCACCAUUUUUCUCAAUAGUGUGAUGUAUAGUAGGACUAAGUCGGUGAGAAGAGUCUCGAAACUGGACCACGGGGCCUCUGUACUGGCAACUAAAUCCCACAUGUCAUACGGAAGUGAAUUAAAAAUGCAUUUGUUAUAGAAUGUUAGGGUUUCUCAAGAUGAUACAGAGAUUAUUUUCUUUGUUUGAACAUCAAAAUAUUGAAUAUUUUCUUAUCCUUUUGAAUUAAGUGCCUAAGGACAAAAUAAGACCUAAUCCUGAUUUUAGGGAAAGGAACGCAGUGACUGCAGAGCUGCACGGUAUUUGCUUUUUUUUUUUUUAAGUUUCUAUUUAAAUCCCAGUUAGUUAACAUACAGGUAAUAUUAACUUCAGGUAUACAAUACAGAGCCGCAGUGCUUCCAUACAACACCCAGCACUCAUCCAACAAGUAUUUGCUUCUUGUAAUUCAGAGUUUGUUUGCUUUUUUUUUUUUUGCUUAUUCAUAAUACACGGAUUUCCCUUUUCUGUCAUUUUUCACAUUUUAUUUUGUAAGUCUAUGUUUUGUCUGUUGGCACUGUAAAGGAAAUUUGAAACCUGUUAAAAUAAGUAAUUUCAGUAAGUUUUGAAUAAUCAAGUUGAUGAAAGUUUUAAAAUGACCUAUCUUACAAUUUUGAAACAUAUUUCUGAUUUGAUAUGUUUUCUUGUGAUGCAAGAGUCUACUCUUACGCAGAUCUUAAUUUCUCAUGUUUACGUACGGUAUGACCUCUCCAACUGGUGACCUUGUAAACACCUUAAAAUCAGUGCAAUAUACUUGUAUACUCUUAUUUAGGUAAGUUUUUUGUUGUUAUUCUUGCUACUUGUGUUGUUGUGAGCUCUUAUGGACUGAAUUGUGUUCCCCCGAAAUUAUAUGUUAAAGCCCCGAACUGCAGUGUGGCUGUAUUUGGAGACAGGGCCUUUAAGGAGAUAAAGGUUCAGUGAAGUCGUAAGAUUGGGGCCUUAAUCCAAUAGCACUGGUAUCUUUACCGGAAGGGGAAGAGACACCAUAUCUCUGUGCACUCCCAGGGAAAAGAUCACAUGAGGACAUCUGGGGUAGCUAUCUGCAAGCCGGGAAGAGAGAUGUCACCAGAAACCAAGUUUUCUGGCACCUAGCCUGGGGGUCACCCUUUGGAGAUGAGCUGCUUCCAGAGCUCUCUGGACCGUGCAGGACUGAGGCAUGAAACACAGACCUACACACACUCCAGUGCAAAACCAAAAAACGAAACCUCUACGGCACACUCUGUGGUAUCAAGCUACUGAGAUUACUGAGAUUGUGGGGUUGUUUGUUACACCAGAUAGUCAACAUUACGUGAACUAACACAGAUCAUUCCAGGAAACGGGUGGGGACAAAAUCCUGGACUAAGUAUUUCUUGAUCGGGACACUGAUGCAAUUGCCAAAGACCUUUGAACUAUUCUAAGCAGCCUGUCGCCAGUCCUUGCCUGGAUCAACUCUACAAGGGUGACCCUUCCUUCACUUUCAACCCAUUUGUGCCACACGAGCCUCAAAGUGUAGCCAAACCACAGUAACUUCCAACCCAAGACAUGAUGCCUUUGGAUGAGUCUACCCUUCAUUGUAUCGUAAAAAGUCAAGAAGGGAUGACCUAAUUUAGAUCUGCAAAAUUCUACUGAGUGAAUGUUUGGAGUAUUUGAAGUAGACAGUAAGAGUAAUUCAUUCCAAGGGAUUAAUAAAUGAAAACAUUGCAGUGAUUAUGAAAAAAUAAUUUUAAUGAUACUGGGUUUUUUUUUUUCUCAUACUAGAUGUGUUUCUCUCAACAGCUGUACUGUGGACACUUGGUGCCAGAGAAUUCUUUGUUGGGGUAGGGAGAAAGGAGAGGCUGUCCUGUGUAUUGUAAAAUAUUCAAUGGCAAUCCUGAUGUGUACCCACUAGAUGCCAGUAGCAAUCUCCACCUGAGUGUGACGAUCAAAUAUGUCUCCAGACAUUGUCCAAAUCACGCCAUUGCAUUACAAUUACAUGUCUUUAUACCAACUGCUUGGUAAUUUUAUCAUCUUGGAGCAAAGUAAAAAAUGAAUUAAAGACAGUGGAUCUUGUUCAUUUGGGGGUUUGGGUGUCUUGCAUUAAAUACUCUGGACUAAACUACGAAAUUGUUCUUUUUAAAGCCAUCUAGAAAAUUUGCAAUUAAAAUGGUCAAUAAUACAUUUUAAAAUGUGUAAGCAUUGGAGUAACUUCUGUUUGAAGUCCUCGUCUCUUUGACCUUUUCAAAGAGAGCGCAAGGCUCAGUAACGUGUUGCCCAAGGGUCUGUGAAGGAUUUCGGUAAGGGGAAAUGAAGAACUUCGAAAACUGGGGGGUCCAGAAGCAGAGGAACCUCUGAAAAAGCAAGUGCGGCGAAGACCAUUGAAAGCUAAUGAGGCAGUUGGUUAAGCAACUGCCUCUUGAUUUUGGCUCAGGCCAUGAUCUCAGGGUGG